AUGAAUAUUCUUUAUCAACGCAUCUACAAUUAGUUCUCAAUAAUAGCACCUUCAAAUUUAACUUAGCAAUUGGAAUCAAUAUAAAUAGAUAAAGAAUACAUAACUAAUAUAAUUGUCAUUGUAGGAACACAUGAAUGUAAAAAGAAAACACAUCAUUUAAGAAUAAAUGAUUAAAUGCUUCUGAAAAUCGAGAAAGAUUCUACAAAACCUCCAAUUACAGAUUUAUCAUUCUAUUAUUUAGAUAUACAUGAAUAAAAGUUAAAAUUGAAUAAUGAUCUUAAUAUAUGUACUAUCCAAGAAGAUGAUUCUAAAUGGCAUUAUUAAAAUGGAAAUUUAGAUUUUACUUAUGAUCUCUCUAAAGUUUUUGGCUAUUAAUCUAAUCAUAAGACUGCUUUAAUACUCUGUUAUAAAACUGAUCCAAUGUAAGAUCCUUGGAGUGAUUUAAUAUUAAUAUAGAAGAAUCAAGUAUCUCCAGAAGGAUUUUAUAAAUUACCCUAAUCAAUAUAGAAUAAUUAUUUAGCCUAUUCAUUGGCUAAUACAUAUCACUCAGUCAAAUAUUAAUAUGAAAUAACAGAUUCAUAUCCUUAAAAUAAUGAUAAACCAGAGGUGGCAAUGUUUUGUUUUCCAAAUGGCAUAUCCCUUUAUAGAAAUAACUAAUUUCCUAAAUAUAAUCAUUAUAUUCUGACUUCAGAAACUGGAGAACGUACUUAUUGUACUGCAUUAAUAUUUUGUGAAUAAAAUUUGUAAGGAUUUCAUGAAAUGGCUAUUGUGUUAUCAUCCCAUUAUUGUUAUUCAGAAUAAUCAUUGGAAUUGCUUAAAAAUUUAUAUUAAAUUUAUAUAGCUAAAAAUGUUUUGCCUUUAGAAAGGUAUAUUUGUAAUAUAGUUGAUGAAAUUGUUCUUCCCCAAGAUCCAACUGAAACUUAUAUUUAUAAUGGAUCUAAAUAGAUAUUCUUCUAUUAAUCAAAUUGUUUUCCAUUGUGUUCAAAUUAAGCUUUUUAAUGUCUAUUUGCAAUGUUAAAUAAAAAAAAUAUUGUGUUGUUGUAUUUUGCAUUACUUUAUGAAAAGAAAAUUCAGCUUAUAAGUUCCAAACCUGUAAUUAGUUCAUUGGUAAUUGAGGCUUUAUUGACUCUUUUAUAUCCAUUUGAAUUUACACAUAUUUUGAUUUCAAGUUUACCUGAAGAUUUAGAGUAAUAUCUUGAAGCACCACUACCUUACUUAAUUGGAAUUAAUAAAAAAUAAGCUGAAAAAUAUCCAGAUGCUAUUUAAGUAUUUUUGGAUUCAAAUAAUAUUAAACAAAGUUAACCAAUAGAUGUUCCUGAAGAUAUUUUUGAUAAAUUUGUAUUAAAAUUAAAGGAAUUUGAUAAAUAUUACAAUCCAUAAUUGAUUGAUACAAUUGGUGAUGCAUUUCCUAUGCCUAGAGAAGAUGAUAUAGAAAUGAUUGAUCAAUAUUAAGUAAGAGAAGUAUUUUUAAGAUUCAAUAUUUUCUUAUUAAAUGAUUAUAAGAAAUAUAUUGAUAAAUAAAAUUUUAAGGAAAAGUUGUUUAUUAAAAGUAAAUAAAGAAUCAAAAAUUUUUUGGAACCUUUUAUGGAGACAAGAUUAUUUAAUUUCUUUAUUCAAGAGAGAAUGUAACUCUCAUAAAAUGAUAGUUAAUUAGAAUAUUUUGAUGAUUGUCUUAAGAAUCCAAAGGGAGAUCAUUUUACACUUCCAGUAUAAAUAUUUAAAGAUUAUUUACAACCAAAUGAUGAAGGUUUUAAAAAAGAAAAACAUUUUUAAUAUUGUACAUUUCCACUUAAAUUAAAUGACUAGUUUUUUUCAAAACCAAGAUUAGAAUUUUUAAAACAUGAGAAUCCAUUUUCUGUUCAUCUGUUUCCUAAAACAUAAAUUGAUAUAUUAAGGUUUGAAUUGUCUCACAUUUAUAAAUAAUGGUUUAGAUGUUUAGUUUAUAAGAUAGAAGAAGGUAUAAUAGAACUUAUGGAUUUAGUUAAAUAUAGUAUUCAUCUCUUAAAAGAAAUGAAAUAAAAUAAUUUGUAUAUUGAUUCAGAUAUCUUUAAAAAUGCUAUGAUUGCAUGUGCUCAUUAUAAAAUGAAUGAUUUAGCAUUAUAAUUUAUAUAAUAAAUGAGAGAAUUAGGUUAUUAGAAACAGAUUUAAAUUUAUUAAUAUUAUUUUUAGACUCAAUAAAAUAAUAAAAAAUAAAAAAAUAUUAAAAAAAAUACUUAAUAAACUGGUAAUUUAAGUAGUGGAUCUUUGAGUAAUAGAUAAGCAGAAUAUAAAUUUUAUUUAGAUGCCAAAUGUCCAAGAUGUGGUAGACGAUAUGUAAUAGAAGAUAUCUUGGCAUCUUUUGUAAAAGAUCAUUUAGAAUGUAAAUCUAAUGGUACAUUGGGAUGUAAUAAUACGUUUGAUGCUUAAUUAUAUUUCAAUGAUGAAGUUCAUUAUCUAAAAAAACCAUCAAAAGUAGAAAAAAGUAAUAAAGUAAAUAAUAUGUUUUACUUUUAUUUGAUUGGAUUACCAUAUAAAUUUAUAAAGAAUUAAUCAGAUGAUGAUAUUGUAUAUAGUUCAAAGAAGAUACCAAUUUAUAUAGAUUAUGGAGAUUUUUAUACUGAUGAAAAUGAUGAUUGCAAUGUUAAUUAUAUAUAGAAGGUUGUUCAUGAAGUAUUUGGUAUGUUUUUGGAAAGAAUGAAAGAUAUUAUUUCUAAAUAGGAACUACCAAAAGGGAAACAUCAAAGAAGAGUAUCUGACUUAUCAGAUUGA